AUGCCGCCCACCAGUUCGUCCGUCUACCAAAACGCCGACUUGUUCAAGUUCCCCUCGCGCCGGAGCGUUGUCCACAGCACCGACGGCAUCGUCGCCUGCACGCAGCCGCUCGCUGCGAAAUGCGGCCUCGACGUGCUUCGCGCAGGAGGCAAUGCGGCUGAUGCCGCCGUCGCAGUUGCUGCCGGCCUCAACAUGACGGAGCCGUGCUCGACAGGCAUCGGCGGCGACAUGUUCAUCCUCUUCUGGGACGCAUCCGCCAAGCAGGUCAGGGCCAUGAACGGCUCCGGCCGCGCUGCCGCCAAGUCGACCCUCGACGCCGUCCGCAAGCGCCUCAACAUCCCCGACGACAGGCCCGAUGCCGAGAUCCCCAAGACCAGCGCUCUGGCCGUCACUGUGCCCGGCGCAGCGGCCGGAUGGGUCGAUGCCGUCGAAAGGUUUGGCAGCGGCAACGUCGACUUGAAGCGUGUGCUGGCGCCGGCUAUUGAGCUUGGCGAGAAGGGGUUCCCUGUGCACGAGGAGGCCGCACACUAUGUAAGAGAAAAUAAAACACGGUCAUCUAGUUUGCGACAAGACAGUGCUGAUGAGAGAAUGCAGUGGGGUGCUUCCGAAGCUCGCCUCAGGCAAGCAUCGCCCAACUUUGCAGAGAUGCUCAAGGUCGACCCCGAAGCCCAGGGAGGCGUCCGCGCCCCUCGCGCCGGCGAGGUCAUGAAGAACCCGACCUUGGCCAGGACCUUUCGCACUCUGGCCGAGGAGGGCAAGAAGGGCUUCUAUCAGGGCAGAAUCGCAGAGGAGCUCGUCGCCGUUGUCCAGAGUCUGGGCGGGCUGUUGGAGCUCGACGAUCUCAAGCACCACCUGGACGUGGGCAGCGAGCCCGUCGAGCCCAUCUCUCUCAAGUUCCACGGCCAGGGAACCGGCCACGACGGCGGCGUGGAACUCUGGGAGCACCCGCCCAACGGCCAGGGCAUCAUCGCCCUUAUGGCCCUAGGCAUCAUCCAGGAGCUCGAGAAGCAGGGCAAGAUCCCGACCUUUGGGCCGCAAGACUUCAACUCGGCCCCGUACCUGCACGCCAUUAUUGAAGCCCUGAGGCUAGGCUUCGCAGACGGCAGCUGGUUCGUCACGGACCCCAACGUCACCAAGGUCCCGGCCCGGGGGCUCAUCUCGCAGGAAUACCUCGCCGAGCGGGCCAAGCUCUUUGAUGCCACGAGGGCCGUCCUGACCCACGAGCACGGCAACCCGCCCUUUGCCUCGCCCGCCCUGUCCAGCAGCGACACGGUCUACUUUACCGUCACCGACGCGCAGGGCAACGCCGCGUCCUUCAUCAACUCCAACUACGCCGGCUUCGGGACCAGCAUCAUCCCCAAGGGCUGCGGCUUCACCCUCCAGAACCGCGGGUCCAACUUCUCCCUCAACCCCGACCACCCCAACAAGAUGGAGCCCAGAAAGAGGCCGUACCACACAAUCAUCCCCGGCAUGGUGACCAACCUGCAAGACGGCUCGCUGCACUCGUCCUUUGGCGUCAUGGGCGGCUUCAUGCAGCCCCAGGGCCACGUCCAGGUCCUCCUGGGGCAGCUCGUCGGCCGCCUGAACCCGCAGCAGGCCCUCGACGCCCCGAGGAUCUGCAUCGGCGGCGGGCUCCCCGAGAGCGGCGAGGCCAUUGACUGGACCGUCAAUGUCGAGGAAGGCAUGCCGGAGGAGACCAUCGAGGGGCUCAAGAGGCUCGGCCACAAGGUGAGCGUCGUGACCGGCACCGCGAGGGGCUUGUUUGGACGCGGCCAGAUUAUCCGCCACGUCGUUGAUCCGGUCGACGGGACGCGCAUCUGGUCUGCGGGCAGCGACAUGAGGGCCGACGGCGCCGCGUAUCCCCUGUAG